AUGGCUAUGCAAACUGGUCAACAGAUCUCUUGGUGGAAUGCUUUUGGAUCUCAGCCGUUGACUCCGGUGAGUCUUACCGGCGAUUCUGACUCGUUCGGAUCUGCUGUAGAGACAGAACAUGGUGUGGAUAAACAUAACAACAACUCUGCUACUCACUUGGCUUUCUCACUUGGUGAUGUGAAGAGUUCAAGAGGUGUACCAAAGCCUGCUUUCUCAAUGCAACCACCUUGCUUGGAAUUUGGAUUUACUCAGCCACAGAUGUAUCCUUGUGUGGAACAACACUAUGGAGUUGUUUCAGCCUAUGGUUCUCAGAGCAGAGUGAUGCUUCCUCUAAACAUGGAAACAGAAGAUGGAACAGUCUUGGUGAACUCAAAGCAAUACCAUGCAAUCAUCAGACGUCGCCAAUCACGUGCCAAGGCUGCUGCUGUUCUUGACAAGAACAAACAAAGUAGCAGAGGCCGUAAGCCAUAUAUGCACCAUUCACGUCAUCUCCAUGCACUGCGCCGUCCAAGAGGAUCCGGUGGAAGAUUCUUGAACACUAAAAGUGGAACCAAUGCAAAGAAAGCUGAUGGAACUAAGCAGCCUCAGCCUCAGCAAAGUAACUCUCAGAACUCUGAAGUUCUUCAUCCGGAAAGUGGGACCAUGAACCUAACAGGGCUAAAUGUCUCUGGAUCAGAAGUUACAAGCAUGAACUACUUUCUAAGUUCUCCGGUCCAUUCUCUUGGUGGCAUGCUAAUGCCUAGCAAGUGGAUUACAGCAGCAGCAAUGGAUAAUGGCUGCUGCAAUUUCAAAACCUGAUAUUUUACCAUUGUGUCAGAGUCAAAUAGAGAGAGAGAGGAGAGAACUCUUGGUCUUGUAAAAAGACAAUGAGUUUUCUUUCUUUCUUGGUAAUCCAUUUUGACUGUGAACAGGCAAAUCAUCUUUGGCUCAUUCUCUAUCAAGGCUUUCUUCUCCUGUAAGGUGAAGGACAACCUUGAUGCUAUCUUAGUGUGAAAACUAGUUAAAACUGUGUGAAGAACAAUGAUGGGGCUUUUGGCAACUAAACCCACUGUCUUGUGUGGUUUUCUGAUGUUUUAUAUCUCCUGUUUAUCUGUGUGUGUGUGUUUAUGUAUGUUUCUGAAACAAAUGUAAGAACUUGUAGUUGUGUGGCUUAUGUAACAUAAUUC